UUCUAGCCACAUCAACAGGCACACUUUUUUGUACUUUCCAGUGUGGCCACACUUUUCUCUUUCUUUUCAACCUCUGUUUCGGCAAGGUACGCACGCUCCACGUGGCCUUUCUUAAUUUGUGCAACUUAAAAUUGUGUUUGCAAACCAAUCCUAGCCAUGGUGCGUAUGAACGUAUUGGCCGAUGCCCUUAAGUGCAUCAACAACGCGGAGAAGCGCGGCAAGCGCCAGGUUCUCCUCCGGCCAUGCUCGAAGGUCAUCAUCAAGUUCCUGACCGUCAUGAUGAAGCACGGCUACAUCGGCGAGUUCGAAAUUGUCGAUGAUCAUCGUUCUGGCAAGAUCGUUGUGAACCUAACUGGUCGCCUUAACAAGUGCGGCGUCAUCUCGCCCCGUUUCGAUGUCCCCAUCAAUGAUAUCGAAAAGUGGACCAACAAUCUGUUGCCUUCCCGUCAGUUUGGCUACGUUGUGCUAACCACCUCGGGCGGUAUUAUGGACCACGAGGAGGCCAGGAGAAAACAUCUUGGAGGCAAAAUCCUCGGUUUCUUCUUUUAAAUACAAAAAUUUAUAUAUUGUAAAAUGAGAGAGGACAUCGAUAAGGAGGAGCUGCUGCUGCUGCUGCGGCGGCGAGUGUGUGUGAUGGAGUUUUGCUAUGUAGCAAGUUAUUUUAUUUUGACGACCGACCCCCAAGAUCGCCACCAAUUCGUGAUACAUUCAGAGUCCAACAACAACAACAACAACUACAACAAUCCUGGCAAAAUAUGACAUCAAAAGCCAAGGAGCAGCCAAUGAAUGUUUUCACAAUAAAAAAAAAAAUGAAAAUAAAACGCGAAAUAAAAUGAUUGAUACAUACUAA